AUGGCGCGCUUCACCUCCAUCGUCCUAGUCUUGAGCGCCUGCUUCGUCUCCUCACGCGCGCAAUUUGGUUUCUUCGACCAGAUGUUUGGCAACCAAGGACACCAGCAACACCAAGAGCCCCAGAAUGUCAGGAGUGAUAGUUCAUGGUAUCAAGCGCAGUACGAGGGGGCACAAUGCACCCACUACCUGUGCCCCGGCACCCUCUCUUGCGUCCAUUUCCCACACCACUGUCCCUGCGCCUGGGAGAGCGUCGAAGACAAAGCCGAGCUGGGCGACGGUAUUGCCAUUUGUGGGAGCAAAGGUGGCUGGAAGGAGGGCGAGUUUGCUAAGAAGGUCGAGCUGGCGAGGAAGGGCGUGCUAUGAAGGACGAAUUCGAGCGAUUAGACAUGGACAUGUAUGACAUUUCAGCGACAGCGAGCAGGUUUCGACAUUGGACGAGUUGGGCGUUUGGGGUAAGAUAUACCACGGCGUAGGAUGGAUAAACGGCACGAACUAGGCUUUGGAAGAGCAUGCCAUGCUCAAUCAUAUGAAAUAUUUUGCAUUCAUGGCUUCAUCAUCACUGUCAUGAAUACCCC